GCUGGCCCCAGUCUGGGGGUGCUGGGGCCCGCAGGUGACUCAGGAAAGAAAGGCGCUUGGCCCAUCCAGGACCUUCUGUGAAUGGUAUUCUUCCCCAGGAGCCACCCUGUGGGUCCCCCUGGACCGACCCCAAACCUGGAGACCAUGAGGAGGUGUUUCCUGUCCUUGCGGACAGAGACGGUCCUGGCCAUGGUCCUCUGCACCUUCUCACUCCUCUUCCUCCUCCUCAGUCUGCACACAGCGCCGCCCAGCCCCUGCGGGAGCCUGGCAGGGCCGCCGGGCACCCCUGGGCCCGGGACCUGGCGCCCUCCGCCCUCCCCGCUCCGGCCCCCGCCCCCGCCCUGCAGGGCCACCGCCUAGAUGGCCAAGCUGCCCAUCCGGGACUUCCUGCUGCACCGGCACCGCCAUGCCUUCCUGCUGCUGGAAAUCAAGUCCUCGCCGCCCAGCAACUACGAGCGCCGCGAGCGCAAGGUGCGGGGCGCCCCGCUGCGCCGCCUCUUCCUGGUGGGCACCGCCGCUGAGCCCAGGGAGGCCCGCAAGGUCAACCAGCUGCUGGCCAUGGAGGCCCGGAUCCACGGCGACAUCCUGCAGUGGGACUUCCCCGUCUCCUUCUUCAACCUCAUGCUCAAGCAGGUGCUCUUCCUCCAGUGGCAGGAGACCCGGUGCACCAACGCCAGCUUCCUCCUUAACGGGGACAACGACAUCUUCACACACACGGACAACAUGGUCUCCUACCUGCAGGGCCACGACCCCGACCGCCACCUCUUUGCGGGGCAACUGAUCUGGAACGUUGGGCCCAUCCGGGUCUCCUGGAGCAAGUAUUACUUGCCCAAGGUGGUGACGCAGGAGGAGCGCUACCCGCCCUACUGCGGCGGGGGCGGCUUCCUGCUGUCCCGCUUCAUGGCCCCCGCCCUAUGCCGCGCUGUCCGCUCCCUGGACCUCUUCUCCAUGGACGACGUCUUCCUGGGCAUGUGCCUGCAGCACGUGGGCCUCCAGCCCGCCUCCCAUAGCGGCAUCCGCAGGGCCAGCAUCUGGGCGCCCUCCAAGCGCCUGUCCUCCUUCGACCCCUGCUUCUACCAGGAGCUGCUGCUGGUGCACCGCUUCCUGCCCUACGAGAUGCGGCUCAUGUGGGACGCGCUGAGCCAGUCCAGCCUCACCUGCGGCCAGCGCACGCAGGUCUACUGAGAUGUCAGGGCCCAGCCCCCGGGCUCCCAUCCCCAACCCCCAAGAGGGGGUCCCAUUUUCUUCCCAGGAAGAGACAGACCUUUGUCCUCCCAGGCUAUAGGGAAGUGCCAGCGAGGGUUUGACCAGUGAAUAGUUUUGUUUGUUUGCUUUUUU